AUGAAUAUUUUAAAUAUAAAAAAAAAAAGAAAAAAAAAUUAUUCCUUCGAAGAAGAGAGUGAUAAAACGGAUGAUGAAGGAGAGCAGUUAAACGAGGGACUUGAACGUGGGGGAGCGGAAAAGGAAGAAUAUGCAAGUGGAAAGGAACCUAUCCAAUGCGACGGCAGCGGUGAUACAGCGGAGGCGGUAUCCGAUGUAGAUACCAACGUAGAGCCAGAGAGUGACUCAAAAAAUCUCACAGUACCUGAAGGGAUAUCAGAAAAGGCAAACAAUGAGGAAGGCGAUGAGGCAGGUGAUGUACCAAACGUGGACGCAGAAAAUGGAGACUAUGUCCCGCCGGGGGAGGAAGAACAGGAGCAGAAGCCCAGCGAUAAUAAAGAUGAAAAUGGGCUAAAAAAAAAAAAAAAAAAAUUGCGAAGGUUGAAAGAAUGCUCUGAUGGAAGUGACACUCAGGAGAAUACGAAAGAGGCGGAUAAGCAGAAACAGGCUCAUAAAAUUAAUAAAAAGAAUUUUAUCGUAAAAAGUGUCGCACACGAAAAGAGAAAGGAGGACGAUGAUGGAAAAUCUCCACCGGACGAUUCACACGAAACACCCUCGGGGAGGAUAGUAAAUCAGGAGGAGAAAAAAAAAAAACAAAAAAGGAUGAAAAAAAAGGCCAAGGGGGGCAGGAAGCAGAGCGAGAACAAUAAGACGAAUGAAGGUGACAACUCCGAUGCGAGCUACCGCGAUGGCGUCGAUGAAGAGGAGGAUGAUGAUGACGACUACGAGGGAUACCAUCCCGAUGACCACUCGGACAGUGAACCGGACGAGGAAAACGAGUUCUCACAAGGAGAGAGUGACGAAGAGGAAAAGAAGAAAAAGUCUCGAAGAAAGAAAAAGGCAGGAGGGGGUACCCAAAAGAAAAGCGAACAAAGGGAGAACGAAUCCAAGGCCGAUAAAGAUGGAGACAACGCGGAACAAGUGAAGGAAAGAAGAAGGAAAACGAAAAACUCCAAACUCAUGGAGGAUAUCAACCCAGAUGAGGACAAGCUUAAAUUAAAAUUAAUUUGCAUGUCUUUCCAUAGAAAGGAAUACGACAUGGAGGAGUUUAUAUACGAAAGUUUAAAGGUAAUUAUUCCACAAUACAAAAGGGAGGUAUUCCUCAACCAACAGAACAUUAUCAUUGACCGUACAGGCAGGGAGGAUUUGAAGAACCUAGAGGUUUUCUGGUUCGAUAGAUUAACAAAGAACAGGAGUCGAAGCAUAAUUACCUGCUUCACCACGUUGGGCAAGAUGGGUCUUGGAGGAAAAGCAACGAACGCAGCGACAGACUUGUUCGAGAAUGUUAUGAACAUUCCCGAAAAUGUAGGGACCGCUCCGGAAAAUGGAGGCAUCGCCUCGGAAGAAAAGUCAGCUACCACUGUGAACCCCAUGAUGGAACAUAUAUUCACCAAGAAGAAAGACCAAAUAAUAGUGGACCACCUCGCUGCGUUGUGCACACAACAAGUGAAACUAGUGAAGGAGUACAUUUCCUACGUGAGAAAAAACAUAUUCGACCUAUCGUCUAUCUCAGAAAACAACGACAAAAUCAAAGAAUUGAACAUCCUAGAACCGAUAAAAAGGAGGGAAUUAUUCUUUUACCUUAAUUUAUGCAUCUCAAUGAAUUACAUUCAAGAACAGGCCCCAAACGUGUACGCUCUCCCAAGCGAUAUCUCCCCAGACAUAAGAGGUUUCAAUUUGCACCCCAUGUUUUCUCAUAUCAAUAAAAAAAAAAAUGAACAAAGAAAAGAAAAGGUUGGAAAUCCAUGGGAAAAAUUAAAAUUAUUAAAAAAAUCUCAAAAGACGGAUGCAGGAAAUAAAGGUAGCGAUGCCAAUAUGCGCAGAAAUGAAGCAGCUGCACAAAUGAGCACAAGAAAAAAUGAAAUAAAUCAAGAGGAACAAACAAAUGGAGAGGAAAAUGAUGAAAAAAAAAAAAAUAAUAAACAAAGAGAUGAUAACGAAAUAGUUAACAAGAAAACUCUAGAGGAUGAAGAAAAGAAAAAAAAAGCAUUAGAAGAAAUGAAAAAGAAAAAAAAAGAAAAAGAUGAAAAAAAAAUUUAUAACGUUUAUUCUCUACUUGAAUCAGCUGCUCAGUAUUUUGGCGAAGGACCAAAAUACUCCAACCCCAAUGUACAUGAAUUCUACAAGUCCAACAAUAAUCAGCUUGUUUACAUCAAACCACCAGGAAAUAUAGAGGAGAAGAACAUUUUGAUAAAUUACUUUCUACAAUUUCCAAGUAUCACCAAAAAGUUAGAAUACAAUAAAAGAAGAAUCUAUGCUGAGAAUUAUGGCCUUGUUAAGAUUAUUAAAAAUAGUGAAAAUCUACCGGUCAGUUUUUCUUUGAAUACACACCCCUGGCUGUUAGAGCCAUUCCAGGAGAUGUGGAAGGAGCAGAACAAAUUAAACAAUUUUAGCAUUUUCAAUAUGGAGAAUUUGUUGCGUGACGGUGAGGACGACUUGGUGAGCUUCGAGAGCAACCAGUUCUCCCUGACCAGGGGGGAGGUGCAAAAGGCGGGCGCGAUGAAGAUGGGCGCGAUGAAGAUGGGCGCGAUGAAGAUGGGCGCGGUGAAGACGGAUACGGUUAAGAUAGAAGUCGUGAAGACCGACGGGAAGAAGGGGGAUGAGGAGAAAACCAAUGUGGCCAAGACCGACGUGGCCAAGACCGACGCGGCCAAGACCGACGCGGUGAAGAUAAAGGCAGUAAAGGUGGAAGCUGCAAUGACAGAACCUGUAAAGACAGAAACUGCAAAUGUAGAACCUGUAAAGAUAGAAGCUAUAAAGAUAGAACCUGCAAAGGAAGAAAUUGCAAAAGGAGAAUGCAUGAAGGAGGGGAUUUUCAAAUGUGACGCUCCCCAUGGAGAGGAAUCGACCCCCCCCAUGGCCAACGAACCUGGCCAACAAAUUUCCCCACUGGCUACGGAAAUAAAAAUAUAUGACGACAAGAAGAAAAACGACUUCCUCACGAAAAAAAUAAAAAAGUUCUGCUCUAAUGAAGACUCUAAACAACUAAAACUGACGUCCUUCCUCAGUAGAGAAAAAGUCGUCAGAAAUGUAGACAUGGUUAAAAAGGGAGAGAGAGAAAAAACAGACAAGGAUAAGGCCACCACAGGAGAGCUAAAAAACAGAAGAGUAGGCGGAAACCAAAACGAGGAAGAACCAACUGAAGAAAUUCCUCCAGACAACAAAAAAGAAGACACAGAAUAUAUUAAAAUAAAAAUAAAAAAUAAGAGAGUACUAGACGACGAAGUGAUUAAUGACAUAUAUCACAGCGAGGGGGAUAAUGACAGGAAUAACGCGUCCCAUGUGGACCAAGGAAAUGCAAGAGAUCGUGAACGAAGUGAGUCCACUGAUCAUCAGGUGCAACACACCAACCAAGAAAAGGGUUUCAAGGCCAGUAAUGAUCCUGACUGGGUUAAGAACAAUGAUAGAGCUCAAAAUGAUCAUGGUGAACAGCCGGAAGGAAGUAUGGGAAUGAAAAAAAAACUAAAAAAGAAGCAGGUUCCUGAGGAAAGCGACAUCGGUUACGACGCUGAUGAUGGCAGCGACGACGAUGUCCACGAUGACCAUAGCGAAAUUGGAAGUGAAAAUACAAAGGAAGAUGAGGACAAGAACGAACAGGCAGAUAGAACAAAUAAAGAGCAGUAUGCGGCCUUUAAGGAACGAUUCGCAAAGGAAAAAAAAAGGCUACGGGACGACAAGAUGCACCACGUAUUCGAGUUAGAAGCAGAGGAAAGUGACGACGAAAAUAUUGAGGAUCCUGAAGAAAGGAAGAGGGCGCAGCUGCUAAAGAGGAAAAAGAACCAGGCGGAGGACUCCGACGAUGACGAACAGUACAACAGCGAGGGACUUAAAGAAUUCAUAAACAACGAAGAGUACAACAGCGACAACGAAGUUGUCAAACUCAAGCACAAGCAGGAAAUGGAACAACUGGAAGAAGACCUAUUCUUAAAAAAAUUCACCUACCAGGGGAAGGAAUUUAACAACGAACUUACAAACAGAGAAAAGCUUGAGUUAGAAAGAGAGCGACAGUUAUUACGAAGGAAGAAACUUCUAUUUGACAAAACCUUAGGACAUGUGAAGUUGAGUGACUUCGAAUCAGAUAGCAGCACAAGCAGUAACACGAGCUCGAAGAAGAGAAUUAAAAACACUAUGUAUGAACCGUUCACCGAACUUGAAAAUACGAAGGUGUCCAAAAGGAACCAUCACGCGGUUGGUGGAGCUUAUAAUGAAGGCGCCUUUAAAAAGGGAGAGUGCCCCGCAGACGUAGAGGAUGAACACAGAAGGAAGCAGAUUUUAGAAAAAAUGGACAACGUCAUGUACACGAAGGAAAUCAAGACGAACGAAGGGAAACGAAUUGUAAUUAAGAAAAAAAGGAAAAUUCGUUUCCAUCAAGACUUGUCCGAUGUGACAGUCACAGAGGAGGAGAGGAUCGACGCAUAUGAAAGAACCAAGAAGAAACCGAAAAAGAUAAAUGCCAACUUGGUUGAGCAACCAAAGUCUUCAGGUGUCACCAUUCCCAACAAGGGAAUUAAUCAUAAUAACAAGGCGUCCAUAAAAUGGAACGACAACAUAAAGGAUAUUAGCGAGCUGGACACCCCCACCAGUAGCGAAGUCUUUAAAGGGUUCCGGAAGGUCGAACAUGCGCAGUGA